AUGGAACUGUGCGAGCGACAUUGCAUCAGAGAAGUUCACCCCAACGGCACUGCACGUGGCCUGCCUGCUGCCCCAGCCGGGUCCCCUCAUCAGCAAGCUGGUCAGGUCGGCCAGACUCCGCUGCAUACUGUCUUGCUUGGUGAUGUGAGGAGUUCCAGCUUGAUAGAGGCUUUAGAGGCACUGAUAGCAAAUGGUGCAGAUGUGAAUGCAAGAGACAACUCUGGUGAAACACCCCUUCACUGUGUGCGGAAUCUGUUACGGGAGGGACUGUAUGAAAGGGCGGCGGAGGUUGCGCAUACACUGCUCGUCGCUGGUGCACAUAUUGAUGCUGCGAAUAACAAGGGUCGAACGUUAUUGACAUAUAGCGUAGAGUACCUGGACGAUGCUCUUGCACUCACAAGGACCUUGGUUAACCACGGCUCUUGUGUUUGGGGAGCGGCAGAUGGCAGGGACAAAGAUCAAAGUGUCUUUGCUUGGUUUCUUAAGGCUGUGAUUUCUCAUCAAAGGCUUGAAAAUUGUUCAAGCACAAUUACUAUAAUCUCACAGUUGAUGGCAGCGGAUCCGAGAAGAAUGCAUCAACAUAUUCUUAGAACCAUGUUUAGACAAUCUAGGUGUUAUCAUAUUCUGGGCCCCUUAUUCUUGGAGCUCAAGACGCUAAUGAUGCCUCACUGGACGCAACCUGCAAGCCUCUCGUUCCUCUGCUGGCAGACAAUCCGCAGAUCACUCACACCAAAGAGAAUACACUCGGGAACGCCCCAGCUGGGUCUUCCGCCUCCUCUCCAGUCUUAUAUCCUACUAGAAGAACCUGGAUUCUGUUCAUAGCUGCUAAAUUAUUCAUUAGAAUUAUUAAUAGUAAUGAUAAUAUUGAUAUUGAAUUUCAUUAGAAAGACUUGGAGUCCAUUUUUUAAAACAAUUUCCAGCUCCUAGCAGAUGGACUCCACCACAGAAGAUUGUGUUUAUGAUUAACCCAAGAAAAACCUUAUUAGGGACAGACUCGAAAUGUAUAUAAGUGCUUAUGGGAGAACUUGGUGAUCCACAAGUGCUCUGUCUCUUUUGGAGAUGUGACUUAAAAUCUCCUGGCUGUGUUAACUCCUAUAGGAGAGUCAUGUAUGUGUGUGUAAUGAUGCUUACUGUGUGAGAGCUUUUAUUUUUUCUAUGAAGUAUGUCAGGGUGACCUUUCCUUAAAAGUAGCCAUAGAGAUUUUUUUUUUUUUUUUUUUUAUAUCUUAUUUUCAAUGAUUUUACCUACUAGGUCUUUCAUUUGCAGUCUCAAUUCAGUUUCAUGUUCCUCUUGCACAGAGGUGUGUGUAUGCGUGUAUAUAUAUUAUAGUCUUUAAUGCUCAUUCUUUUCCUUCUCAAUAUAAGUAACAGCAUAGAAAAUAUAGAGCAGGGUUUAUGCUUGCCAGCACUAUUGUGCCUUACAUUAUAAUGUUAACAGUGUAUUGGAAGACCAAUUUUCUAGGAGAGAUCUUUCUUUUUCUUCCUUUUUUUUUUUCAAAGAAUACUAUUUCCCUUCUCGGAGACUUAUUUUGACGACAGAUUUGCCUCAAGAGUCUUCCUUUACUCCAGAGAAACUACUGUACAAUAUACUUUCUAGUGAUUUAUCCUCCCAAACAAACCCCACAGGAGAGAGAGCCUUUCCCUGUUGUUUUCCGCGUAGGUGGUUGGAACGGUUAACAUUCGCACAUCACCAAACAAGUGCCAAACAAUUAAAGUGGUGUCUUUUGUAUUUCAGUGUCAGAUAUUUUUUUUUCUGUAAUGUGAGCCAUGUGCUAAGUACCCAGUAAUUGUAAGCAUUAGGAG